AUGGAGGAGCAAGAGAAGUCCAUCCAAGAAGAGCUUUCACUGCCAAUCUUACUAGCUGACCGAGUCAUCAAGUCAGCUCAAGAAGCCGAGUCUUCCCUAGCCGACUGCGCCGAACUCGCCAAACAAGCCCACAAGCUCUCCCACCAGCUCCGCUGCGCCGCCCGCCUCGCCGCCGCCGCCUCCUCCCUCUACGACCGUCCCCUCCGCCGCAUCGCCGCCGAUGUAUCCAAAAACCUCGACCGCGCCCUAACGCUAGUUCGCAAGUGCAAGCACGGCGGCGGCGUCCUCCGCCACGUCUUCGCCAUCACCACCACCGCCGACCACCGCAAGGUCUCCUCCCUCCUCGAUUCCUCCUCCGCCGACGUCGCCUGGCUCCUAUCCAUCUUCGAUUUCGACUCCGACGGCGGAGGCGCCAAUCUAUCUCUCCCUCCCAUCGCUAGCAACGACCCUACCCUCGCCUUUGUCUGGACCUACAUCGCCGCCGUACAAAUGAACCACCACCACCGCGGCCGUAUCGACGCCGCCAACAACCUCGCUUCCCUUGCCCGAGACAACGAUUUGAAGAAGAAGAUAAUCGUCGAAGAAGGCGGAGUUCCGCCGUUGCUCAAGUUGUUGAAAGAACGGGCUUCGCCAGAAUCUCAAAUCGUCGCCGCUGGAGCUCUCCUUAGCGUGGGGAAUGAUCCCAGAAGGGUCAAAUUAAUAGCCAGAGAGCACGCGGCGGCGGUAAUUUUGCAGGUUCUUGGAGAUUCUCCGAUUAAGGUUCAGAUUGCGGUGGCGAAUUUGGUGGCGAAGAUGGCCGAGAUGGAUUCGGAUGUUCAGGAAGAGUUUGGGAAAGAGAAUGUAAUUAGGCCUCUAGUGAUGUUGUUGUGCGUGGAUAUAGAAUUGGAUGAUACAAAGCUUCAAGCAGGUAGUACUAGUAUUCAUUCACUUGUUCAGAUUAAUAAGGAAUUAUCUAGAAGCCCAUUAUUGAAUCAUACCCUCCAUACGGAUUCGAAUUCGAGUUCUUCGACGACUUUGCAUAAGAAGGACAAGGGAUUUGAAUCACCUGAAUUGAAACUUGAUCUCAGGAUUAGUUGUGCAAACGCUUUGUGGAAACUCUCGAAAGGGUGUUUGUUAAAUAGUAGGAAGAUAACCGAAACGAAAGGGUUGCUUUGUUUGGCAAAACUCAUUGAAAAGGAAAAGGAAGAAUUGCAGAUUAAUUGUUUAAUGGCAGUGAUGGAGUUAGCUGCUGUAGCAGAAUCUAACACUGAGCUUAGGCGACUGGCUUUUAGACCCACUUCCCCAGCUGCAAAGGCAGUUUUGGAACAGCUUCUGAGAGUGAUGAACGAAUCAACCAGUCCUACAUUGCUGAUUCCCGCUAUAAAUUCGAUUGGAUCUCUGGCACAUACAUUCACAAUGAGAGAAACUCGAAUAAUUGGUCCUUUGGUUACCCAACUUGGGCAUAGGAAUUCAAAUGUGGGUACUGAAGCGGCUAUUGCACUUGGUAAAUUUGUUUGUCCGGAUAAUUUUAAUCGUGUGGAGAACUCGAAGGCGAUUAUCAACUCUGAUGGGAUUCCAAAGCUAAUGAAUCUGCUCAAGGCCAAUGGUCGGGAUCAAGUGCAUGAACUUGUAUUGCUAUGCUACCUUGCUUUGAAUAUUGACAAGGACAAGGGUCUUGAACAUGCAAGAGUAUUGAAUGUUCUUGAGGGCGCGGCUCGCUCUGUGUUGCCUCGACAUCCUGAAUUGAGAGAAUUAUUUGCCAUGGCUAUACAUCACCUUACUCUAUAUCAAGCUGGAGUACACAUCCAUAUACCGGCUCAUGCACUGUAA